GGGCGGCGCACCUGCGGGGCCGGGGUGCGGGCGAUGAAGCCGUCCUGGCUGCAGUGCCGCCAAGUCGCGGGCGCCGGCGGCCUCGGGGGGCCCCUGCCCGGGUCCCGCCCGUCCGCGCGGGGAGCCGGCCCGGCCCGCAGGGCUCGCGUGGGGCCCGGCGCGCGGGGCGGCCUCGGGGGCGCGGGCUGCCGGGCGCUGGCGGCGGGCGGCGAGUACCGGAGCCACUUCGCGGCGGCGGCGGCGGACCCCGAGCGGUUCUGGGGCGCGGCGGCCGAGCAGAUCAGCUGGUACAGGCCCUGGACCAGGACGCUGGACGACCGACACCCGCCGGCCGCCAGCUGGUUUGUGGAAGGAAUGCUUAACAUUUGUUACAAUGCCAUCGAUCGCCAUAUUGAAAAUGGUCAAGGAGAUAAGAUUGCUAUCAUCUAUGACAGUCCUGUUACAAAUACUAAAGCAACUAUUACCUACAAAGAAGUUCUGGAGCAGGUCUCUAAGCUGGCUGGUGUUUUGGUCAAACAUGGUAUCAAGAAAGGUGACACUGUGGUUAUCUACAUGCCCAUGAUCCCUCAGGCGAUGUAUACCAUGCUGGCAUGUGCAAGGAUAGGAGCCAUCCACAGUCUCAUAUUUGGGGGAUUUGCAUCCAAAGAACUAAGUAGUCGUAUUGAUCAUGCAAAGCCCAAGGUGGUUGUUACAGCAUCAUUUGGUAUUGAACCUGGAAGGAGAGUAGAAUACAUCCCACUUCUAGAAGAAGCACUGAAAUUAGGACAGCACAAACCAGAUAACGUUCUCAUUUAUAAUCGUCCGAAUAUGGAGACAGUUCCUUUGGUUCCAGGUCGUGACCUCGAUUGGGAUGAAGAGAUGGCCAAAGCACAGUCACAUGACUGUGUUCCUGUUCUUUCGGAACACCCGCUGUAUAUUCUUUACACAUCCGGAACAACGGGGCUGCCCAAGGGUGUUGUUAGACCCACCGGGGGAUACGCUGUAAUGCUAAACUGGACAAUGUCUUCGAUCUAUGGACUUAAACCUGGAGAGGUGUGGUGGGCAGCCUCUGAUUUAGGCUGGGUUGUUGGGCAUUCCUAUAUCUGUUAUGGACCUCUUCUACAUGGGAACACAACAGUUCUAUAUGAGGGGAAGCCUGUGGGAACACCAGAUGCUGGCGCUUAUUUCCGUGUGCUCGCGGAGCAUGGAGUAGCUGCCUUGUUUACAGCGCCGACUGCAAUUAGAGCCAUCCGUCAACAGGACCCUGGGGCAGCCUUGGGGAAGCAGUACUCUCUGACAAGAUUCAAAACAUUAUUUGUGGCUGGAGAACGAUGUGAUGUGGAGACCCUGGAAUGGUCCAAAAAGGCCUUCAGAGUACCUGUCCUAGACCACUGGUGGCAAACUGAGACUGGAUCCCCAAUUACAGCAUCCUGCAUUGGAUUAGGUAAUUCUAAAACGCCUCCUCCAGGACAAGCAGGAAAAAGUGUUCCAGGAUACAAUGUUAUGAUUUUGGAUGACAACAUGCAAAAACUGAAGGCUCGAUGUUUAGGAAAUAUUGUGGUAAAGUUGCCAUUACCACCUGGGGCUUUUUCAGGACUCUGGAAGAAUCAGGAAGCAUUCAAGCAUUUAUACUUUGAAAAAUUUCCUGGAUACUAUGACACCAUGGAUGCUGGUUACAUGGAUGAAGAAGGCUAUUUGUAUGUUAUGUCUCGAGUUGAUGACGUGAUAAAUGUUGCAGGUCACAGGAUUUCUGCAGGUGCUAUUGAAGAGUCAGUCCUUUCCCAUGGCACUGUGGCCGACUGUGCUGUUGUUGGCAAGGAAGAUCCUCUGAAAGGUCACGUCCCCUUAGCACUCUGCGUGUUGAGAAAAGAUAUAAAUACAACAGAGGAACAAGUUUUGGAAGAAAUUGUAAAACAUGUUCGACAGAGCAUUGGCCCUGUGGCUGCUUUUCGAAAUGCAGUGUUUGUCAAACAGUUACCCAAGACGAGGUCCGGCAAAAUUCCCAGGUCGGCCCUGUCCGCUCUUGUCAAUGGCAAGCCAUAUAAGAUAACACCUACAAUUGAAGACCCCAGCAUUUUUGGGCACAUAGAAGAAGUGCUGAAGCAAUCAUCAUGACUUUUUCCUAUUUUGAGUCAAAUUGAGUCACUUUUCUAAUUGGAGUCAAAUUUUUGGAUUUUUCAUAAAUAAAUAUUUAAAUAGAAAUUCCUUGCAAACUGAAAUAUGAAUUGUAAAGCUUGGUUUAAAAAAAGUACUUGAAGACUAGUGAAAGACCUAGGCCUUCUGUUUGAGUAGACCCAAUUAGCAUCUUUUUCAGUUGCCUACAACAUGGGUUGCAUAGCACUUGAUUUAAGAAAAAAAUUAACGAAUGUAUGAUUUUUAAAAAACUUACCCCAUUUGAAUAUUUUAAUUGAAAUAGACACGUUAAUAUAGAAAUACUUCCUGAAAUGAAGAAUCUGUAACUUUGACCCAAAACCUAAAACUCAAGUUGAAACCAGAAAGUAAUUGUAAUUUUUCUUAUAGAAAUUCUGAAUAUUAGCUAAUAUUCUUGAGAUGUCCCCAUGCAUGGAUAUUUUAAGUGAAAUAGACAAAAUGGGACGUUUUAGGUCAUCAUCUAGACAGAUGAUUUUCUAGAUAGGAAGAUAUGUCUAGUCCUACAUUUCCUGGGGGAAGGUUAUAUACCAGAGUACAGCUGUGACUUCAGGUCAUUUUUACUUAGGGGAAAUCACAUGCCUGACAGAUCCUAGAGGUCAUUUAAUCCAAUCUCUUUGUCAUGGAGAUGAGAGCUGUUUGGAGUUCCUCCUCCUGUCUCAGGGUCUUAGUUGAGUGUAUACUUAAUGAUUGCAGCUUCCUAUAAAAACAAGGAAAUGACACAGAAAUGUGGUAAACUAACAAGGAAGGUUCUUAAAGAAGAAAUAUAAAGGUUUUUACAUUAUGCUAAAGACCAGGAGUUUUUAAGAGACCCCGAUUUUUAUGUGAAAUCUCUAAUUUUUAAGUAAUAGCUUGCUAGAAAACAAGCGACAUCCAAACACAUCUCUUCAUUUAAACUUAUAUAAAAGUAUUGAGAACUUAAGAAAAAUGAUUGAAAAUUAGUCUUUGUUAAUAAGCUUAUGGUAAUGUGCCAAUUAGUCAGAGUAGAUAGAUAUAGAUAGAUAUAUGAUUUACUUUGGAUUCUACAUGAUAGCAGUUAUUGAGGAAUACAUUUAAAGUAAAAAAAGCAUACCAUGCCCAUUGAGUCUUUGAUGGUGCUCAAAGUAUUUCUCAAUCUUUCAGUUCAUCAGGACCAUUAUUUUUAAGAGCAGCUGUCGUAUCAUAAUAGUCUAGGCUUAUGAAAUAUAUAUGAGAAAUAACACAUAAGAGCUUAAUUACUUGUUUGCUUCAUAUAAAUGACACAACCUAUAUAAGACAUCCUGAAAAUGAUAGGGUUUUUUGUUUUGUUUUUUUUGGACUGUAGGCUAUAUAAAUAAAUGGCUUCUCAAAGGCAAGUCCCAUUUGCUUAAAUCGGCCUCUUGAUUGUUACACUAGGAAAAAUAUAUUCAGCUGUUCUCUUUAAUUAUUUUAGUAUCUGGAAUUAAACCAACUAGAUAGACAUUCAACUUGUAAUUUGAAGCUGUCGGGUUCCUUAUAGUGUCUCUUCUAUUGGGUAUAUUGGGUACAUUUUGCUCAUCAUCACAGCUGUAAACUUAACUUUUAAUGUUAAAACAUUAAAAAUUACCUUAUUUUUUCAUAUAAGAUUCAGUUAAUUUGAAAUGGCAAAUUCUUCAGUUGAAUGAAUUAUCAUUGUUCAUUUGCAAGGUAUAAACAAAGGCAAAUCCAAGAAUUGUGUGAAGGGUACAUCUGUGGACCUCUUGCACAUUUUUCCUGGCAAUCAAUUCUGAAGGGACAUGUUAGCAAUCAGGCUUGAGUUAUUUUCCAGUUGAAUGAGAUUGGAAAACAGUGCAUGAGCCUGGGGAGGAAGUACUGUUCUUGCAUUUGGUUGAAGAAAUUUAUCUCCUUUGAAGAAUCAGAACAACUGUUACUUUCACUAAAAGUGGGGCAAGAAAGAUACACUUCAAUUGUAGAUUGCCUAAAAUUUGGGAGGAAAAAGAAAAGCAAUUUUCUAUUUCAUACUUAGAAAGCACCUUCACAAGAUGAUACCUAAAAUAUUCUGGAAUAAAUGUAUCUUUAAAUAUAAUAUGAUGACACUAAAAAUGCAAUCAUAUUUAAAUGUGCUCAAAUAAAGUCCUCGUGACCAUC